AUGAAAGAUCAAAUAGAUCCAGCUAACAGUAAAAAUGCAUCCUCUACUUCACCAUCACAUAAAAGAAGUCUUAGCGCUCUCUCAGACGACUCGGGCGCUUUCAGCAAUGAUAGCGCAUCUAAUACCAUGGAGAAAGGCACUAAAUUAGCAAAUAAUGAAAAUCCGCAUCCCGUAGCACCUCCACGACCACAAAGAAUGGCGAAUAAUGAAAAUCCGCAUCCUGUAGCACCUCCACGACCACGAAGAAUGGCGAAUCUUGCCGCGACGACAAACCCCAAGUCACUCCAGCCCAAUCAAGCCGGUACCACCUCGAAGAAUCCAUUCUAUGAUGAAAAUAGUGAUGUCAGUCCAGAAGAAUACCCCGAGAACCUUAAUCCCUUUGGUGAGGAUUAUGAUGAGACGACAGUAGAAAAGGUAGAAGUGGAGAAGCCGAAGAAAGUAGAGAAAGUAGAAGAGAAUAAAGUGGACGCCCCCAGCACUGCAGGCAAGACAGUUGCUACUACUCAAAAUGAAAGCACCAAGAGUUCUAAUCCCUUUGAUGAGGAUGAUGAUGAGAUAGUAGAAAAGGUAGAAGAGGAGAAAGUAGAGAAAGUAGAAGAGAAUAAAGUAGAGAAAGUAGAAGAGAAGAAAGUAGAGAAAGUAGAAGUGAAUAAAGUGGAUACCCCCAUUACUGCAAGUAAGACAGUUGCUACUACUCAAAAUGAAAGCACCAAGAGUUCUAAUCCCAUUGGUGAGGAUGAUGAUGAGACAGUAGAAAAGGUAGAAGUGGAGAAAUCCAAUGGUUUUAAUAGAGUGGCAAAGAUACUACAUAGGAAACCUAAAGAUAAAAGAGGUUCAAGUCAGAAUGAAAAGACGUCUAAAUCCAGUACGAUCAAGCAAGGUUUAGUGGCAGCUGUGCCUUCAUUCUUACGUAAAACACCAGACACAUUAGAAACUGAAGCUAGGCCAGUCGAUGCUACCCCAGAAGUGGCACCUCUAUUGGACCAACCCCUUACUCAAACCAAUCAAACUAAUAAUCCAACUCUUAAUUCGUCUCCACAACCUUCCCCUUCUAUGACUGUGAUAGAUAUAGAUCCGCCUGGUGUGAAAACGACUGAGACAGGAGCUAACUGGUUGGUUCCCUGCUUAGUAAUUCUAGCAGUGAUUGUAUUGGUGGUUCUUGUUGUAAUCACCUUGGGUUUCUUUGACGUUAUUAAUCUUGAGAAAGUUGCUAAUCUUUUUGAAUAA